UUCAAGGAAAGUCGAGAACUGUGCGGAGAGAAUUUCCUUUAGCAAGCUUGGCUUAAUAUAAAACAUAUUUAUAUUCCUUCAGUACUUUGUAAAAUCGUACGGUCUAUUUAUUCUGUCUUGAAGAUGAAUAGCGUUGGAGAGGGUUGCACUGACCUAAAACGGGAAUAUGACCAAUGCUUUAACCGUUGGUUUGCCGAGAAAUUCUUGAAAGGAGAUCGAAGCGGUGAUCCCUGUACAGAAAUGUUUAAGAAGUAUCAGCAUUGUGUUCAGAAGGCCAUCAAAGAAAAGGACAUUCCCAUUGAUGGUGUAGAAUUCAUGGGGCCCAAUAAAGACAAACCCUGACAGCUGACAAGGAGAUGGAUCUCAUCGACAACUUUGCCUUGUUUACCAGGGAAGCUGUGGAUCAUGUGCAGGGUCUCCACCAUUUUAGCUUGGAUCUGGGGGUUUUUGAGGUCACUGUCCGUCUGGUCCGGAGACUUAUGAGCAUUCAUACAAAGAAUCCCAAGUACUGAAUGACAAAGGGGAUAAUCAUCUGUAUGUUGGCCAUUGAUUACAGGUGGAACUGUGGAUUAGACAAACAUCCAUGAUCACAAGAUGCAUGUAAUGUGAUUAUGUCAUAUAGUAGAUCAUUGAUAAGGAUUAUGAUGCUUUGGAAAUAGAUUUUCAUUUAUGUUGUUCAUGAAUUCAGUAUUUUGUGUCAAUGUCUAUUAUAAGAGUUCUCUGGUUAAAUUUACCUUCACAAGACCAUGUGGAAGCAUUGGGCUCAAAGAGAAAGCUGAACAUCUUGUGAGUACAUUCAUUUAGUUUACACAGUGUGAGAUUACAGUGGGUAUGGAAAGUCACUCUCAACUUGUCACCUUUGAUUACCUUACAGCCUGAAAUGAAAAUGCAUAAAAUCUGACUUUUCCCGUCUUUAUUUACACAGAAUAAGACAUAAGUGAAUUGUUUUUCUAAAAACUAUAAAUGAUAGAGUUAAAACAGUAGAAUACCCUAUUUGGAUAACACCCCCCUGAGUUAACACUUGGUAGAACCACCUUCUGUUUCAAUUACAGCCAUGAGUCUCGAACUUUGCACACCUAGACGUUUGCUAAAUUUGCCCAUUUUUACUUGCAGAAUUGUUCAAGCUUAAUCAAACUGAACAGAGACCGCUUAUGGAUGGCAUGCUUAAAGUCAUUCCACAGAUUCUCAAUGAGAUUUAGGUCGGGGCUCUGACUAGGCCACACAAGGACAUUCACCAUCUUGUUUUUCAGCCACUGUACGGUUGCUUUGGCGGUGUGCUUUGGGUCAUUGUCAUGUUGAACUUCCUGGCAGAGAGCUGCAGGUUAUUCUCAAGAAUCAGUCAGUAUUUUUGCACUUUCCAUUUUUCAUUCUAUCCUGUCUUGUGCUCCACUCCCUGCUGAAGUGAAACACAACCACAACAGGAGUCUGCGACCUUCAUGCUUUACUCAAGGCACAGAGAUAUUUGGAAGGAAAGAUGUAUUGGGUUUCUGCAAGACGUGGUUAUUGGCUUCUUGGUAGCCUCUGAUCAGUAUCCUGCUUGCCCAGUCAUCCAGUUUGGUGGGACAGCCUGAUCUAUUCAAGGUCUGUGUGGUGCCAUAUGACUUCAAUUUCUUAAUAAUAAAAAUCUUUAUAUCCAUCUCCAACUUGUGCCUUUCCACAACUUUAUCAACCAAGGUGGUUGGUUGUACCUCGACAUGUUUGCAAUUGCAAUUCUAAGGCUGAAGAUAAAUCUAAAAGCUGCCAUGCGCCUCCGCUGCUCCGAAGGGGACGCUGGCCCAAAAUGUCACUAAUGUUCAAGUCACCCCCACAAAUACUAGAGACACACAGGUAGGAUACCUGAUAAUUGGGUUAAUGAAAAUCUAAAUUGCUCUAUAAGAGAUAUAGCAGCUUCUAUAGCUACUACUAGUAAGUGUUGUAGGAGCUGGUUAUGUAACUGUUUGUGUAUUUGAUGACGACGUAGCUUUAUAAUACCAAAUGAAAUGUUUUCCCGCUUAGUAGUAUUCCACAACAAUGAUACAAAUUAUUCAUUUUUUGCUAUAGAAAAGAUUGUACAGUAGGAACAAUUGGGGAACCAGCAGGAAAGUGUACCAGACAUGCCUUUUCUGAUUGGCUGUUGCCCACCGCUGGCAAGCCAAAUUUGUCCCACAUUUGCAUAAUAUAGCCCAUGGCUCUAUUUUUCAGCACCUGCUUUGCUUGCUUUGUGCUGCUCGGUAUCCCACAGUGCCCUGCGCACAUGUGAAUCUAUUGAAAAUGCAUUGGAUGGGAGAAUUUCUUCUAGCCACGUAGCCUAGUGGAUACCCACCAUGGUGCAUUCACUUAUCCAAGUAGAGAAUUUUACUGUUUUAAUUAGUUUAUUUGGCAAAAUAAUUACCUGGAUAUUGUUUACUUUGUAAAUAAAAAAAUGUAUGGGUUUUAAUUUCAGGCUAAGGCAACAAAAGGUGAACAUUUUGAAGGUGGGUGGUGACUAUAUACCCACGGUAGAUGUUUUGACCAUUUCACUUAUAGCAACACUGUCUGACAUCAGAUGUUUUUCCCCUGAAAUUUACAUUUUAGAUUUACAUGUACAGUGACAAAGUAAAUAAUUUAUUUUCAGCUCAUCUAAAUAAAGCUAAUCUAAAAUCUCGAGUG